AUGCCUGCAACACAGAAACCCAUGAGAUACGGACAUACGGAGGGACACACAGAUGUCUGUUUUGAUGAUUCUGGGAGCUGUAUUGUGACUUGUGGAAGUGAUGGUGAUGUGAGAAUUUGGGAAGACUUGGAUGAUGAUGAUCCUAAGUCGAUUAAUGUUGGAGAAAAGGCAUAUUCAUGUGCACUAAAGAAUGGAAAAUUGGUCACUGCUGUAUCUAACAAUACUAUUCAAGUCCAUACAUUUCCUGAAGGAGUUCCAGAUGGCAUAUUGACUCGCUUUACCACAAAUGCAAACCACGUGAUCUUUAAUGAGGAUGGUGCUAAAAUUGCAGCUGGAUCCAGUGAUUUUCUAGUCAAAGUUGUAGAGGUAUUGGAUAGCAGCCAACAGAAAACAUUUCGAGGACAUGAAGCCCCUGUUUUAAGUCUUUCAUUUGAUCCUAAAGACGUCUUUCUGGCAUCAGCUAGUUGUGAUGGAUCUGUCCGAGUGUGGCAAAUUUCAGACCAGACAUGUUCUGUUAGCUGGCCUUUGCUACAAAAAUGCAAUGAUGUGAUAAAUGCAAAAUCAAUCUGUAGGCUUGCUUGGCAGCCAAAAAGUGGGAAGCUACUGGCAAUUCCUGUGGAAAAAUCUGUUAAGUUUUAUAGAAGAGAAGCUUGGAGUAAUCAGUUUGAUCUUUCAGAUGAUUUCAUCUCUCAGACCCUCAAUAUAGUAACUUGGUCUCCCUGUGGGCAGUAUUUAGCUGCAGGAAGUAUUAAUGGUUCAAUUAUAGUUUGGAACGUAGAAACCAAAGAUUGCUUGGAAAGGGUGAAACAUGAGAAAGGUUAUUCAAUUUGUGGCCUGGCCUGGCAUCCUACUUGUGGCCGCAUAGCUUAUACUGAUGCUGAAGGGAAUCUCGGGCUCCUGGAGAAUGUUUGUGACCUCAGUGGAAAGAAAUCAAGCAAUAAGGUAUCUAACAGAGUAGAAAAGGAUUAUGAUGACCUUUUUGAUGGAGAUGAUGCCAGCAAUGCUGGUGAUUUUCUGAAUGACAAUUCUGUUGAGACUCCUUUUUCAAAAGGGAUUACAAAUGACGGUGAAGAUGAUGAUGACCUUAUGCUAACUUCAAGUCGUCAUAGACUGAGAAGUCACAUCCUUGAAGAUGAUGAAAACUCAGUUGAUGUUACAUUGCUAAAAAAUAGCUCCAGUCUUCUCAGAGACGAGGAAGAUGGCAACCAGGUGGACAACAUUCGCAGCCUGCCGCUUAAAACCUCCCAGAAACCGUUUUAUGAUGGACCUAUGCCAACUCCCCGGCAAAAACCGUUCCAGUCAGGCUCCACCCCCUUGCAUCUCACUCACAGAUUCAUGAUGUGGAACUCUGUUGGAAUUAUUAGAUGUUAUAAUGAUGAGCAAGACAAUGCUAUAGAUGUGGAAUUCCAUGAUACCUCCAUACACCAUGCAACACAUUUAUCAAAUACUUUGAAUUAUACAGUAGCAGAUCUUUCCCAUGAAGCUAUAUUGUUGGCAUGUGAAGGCACUGAUGAACUAGCAAGCAAGCUUCACUGCCUGCACUUCAGUUCUUGGGAUUCCAGCAAAGAGUGGAUGGUAGAUAUGCCAGAACAUGAGGACGUUGAAGCCAUUUGUCUUGGUCAGGGAUGGGCUGCUGCGGCCACUAGCACCCUACUCCUCCGACUAUUCACUAUUGGAGGUGUUCAGAAGGAGGUCUUUAGCCUUCUUGGACCUGUGGUGUCAAUGGCAGGACAUGGAGAACAGCUUCUCAUUGUUUACCACAGAGGCACAGGAUUUGAUGGGGAUCAGUGCCUUGGAGUUCAGUUGCUGGAACUGGGGAGAAAGAAAAAGCAAAUCCUCCAUGGUGACCCUCUCCCUCUCUCAAAGAAAUCCUAUCUUGCAUGGGUUGGAUUUUCAGCUGAAGGUACCCCCUGUUAUGUCGAUUCAGAGGGCAUCGUUCGAAUGCUUAAUAGGGGCCUUGGUAAUACAUGGACUCCUGUGUGUGACACAAGAGAGCACUGCAAGGGGAAGUCUGAUCACUACUGGGUCGUUGGUAUCCAUGAAAACCCACAGCAGCUGAGGUGCAUUCCUUGUAAAGGGUCCCGGUUUCCUCCCACCCUUCCACGACCUGCCUUGGCCAUAUUAUCCUUCAAACUUCCAUACUGUCAGACUGCAACAGAGAAAGGACAAAUGGAGGAACAGUUUUGGCGUUCAGUUAUGUUUCACAACUACCUUGAUUAUUUAGCUAAAAAUGAUUAUGAAUAUAAAGAGAGUACUAAAACUCAAGCAGUAAGGGAGCAACAGGAGCUUUUAAUAAAAAUGUUUGCGCUUUCAUGUAAACUGGAGCGCGAGUUUCGAUGUGUAGAACUUGCUGAUCUGAUGACGCAAAAUGCUGUGAGUUUAGCCAUUAAGUAUGCUUCUCGUUCUCGGAAAUUAAUAUUGGCCCAAAGACUUAGUGAACUGGCCAUGGAGAAGACAGCAGAGUCGGCAGCUACCCAGGAGGACGAGGAGGAAGAAGAGGAUUAUAGAAAACAGUCAAAUGCUGAUAACUGUGAUACUGUCUCAGAGUGGAAUCAGCCAAGGGUUAGAAAUCAAGUUGAAGAAGAAGAUGGGGAGCACAGUGGAGAAGUCGAUGAAGUGGAAGAAAAACCAGAAAUACGUAAGACAGGACAAAACCCAUUUUCCAAAAAUGCAAAUUCUUCUGAUGUUCCAGCUAAUAAAUCAGGUGCCGUUAUCUCGAGCAACCAAGGAAGAGCAAACCCCUUCAAGGUAUCAGCCAGUCCCAAAGAGCCAGCCGUUUUGGUGAAUACAGGACGUUCAACUAAUAUUUUAGACAAUAUCAACAAAUCAUCCAAGAAAUCCAUUGUACUUAAUAGAUCUGCAAACAAUGAAAAGUCUCCAGUUAUAAAACCUCUAAUUCCAAAGCCGAAGUCUAAGCAGGCAUCUGCAGCAUCUUAUUUCCAAAAAAGAAAUUCCCAAGCUGGUAAGGUUGAUGAUGUAAAAGAAGAAACUCCUAAAAUUUCAUCAUCUGAAACCCCAGUUGCUUCUCCUCAAAACACAGAAAGCCCAAGGCCAAGGACUGGGUUCCAGAUGUGGCUGGAAGAAAAUAGGAAUAAUAUUUUAUCUGACAAUCCUGACUUUUCAGAAGAAGCAGACAUAAUAAAAGAAGGAAUGCUUCGAUUUAGAGUAUUAUCUGCUGAAGAAAGGAAGGCAUGGACUAACAAGGCAAAAGGAGACGCUGUCAGUGAUGGAUUGGAAGCCAAAAAACGAAAACAUCUAGUUGAUGAAAAUAAUGAAACAGAAAGCCAGCAAGAAAAAGCGCAAGAGGAUCUGAAUUUACCUAAAAAGCGAAAACCUUUAGAUACUUCUACAAAUCAGAAACUGUCAGCUUUUGCAUUUAAGCAGGAGUAA